AUGGGAGAGGUGCUGGCAGAGCUCGAGCGGGUGCUGCGCUCAGAUCCCAAGGUGUGAUGAUGGUUGAAUCCAGAGAUUUCCAUCUUUCCUUCGCUGUUUUUUUUUCCCGUCUGUUUUUUACUCUGAAUUCGUCCCGAAUUCCUCUCUCCCGCUUGCUAUUUGGGAUUGCGAUCUUCAAGGCCCCUUCUGGGCUUCUGGUUGCUGGAGGCCAUCUUCCGCCGUCAGCCAGAGUUUCUGACCACCCGUCUCUUUGCAGGAGACGAUAACGUUGGAUGAGGAGCUUGUGCUGCAGAAAUGCAAGACGAGGGCGGUCAACACUUUCCUCACUAGUGCUGGUAUCUCGUCGGCGCUGGUGUGGGGAGGUAAUCUAUCUUCUCAGAUGUGAAAAUUUCCUAUGUUUGCCUUCUGCGUCCUGUUUAGCCUGGUUUCGCCAGACUGCUGACUCGUGUACAGGAAGAUCUCUGAUCUGCCUGUCUUCCGUUACUAUGCUCAUAAAGCUUGCUUUUUCAAUUUUGUGAGAUUUUCUUUUUUAUUUCGUUGCAAUUUAUAGAGGCAGGUUAGCGGAUGACAUGGAAGACACGGAAACAUUAUUGUCCUGUUUAGCAAAUAUGCAAGUCUACCAGAAUGAGGGUCUCUUAUCUGGUCUUAGUUGUCUUAUAUGUUGGAGAAAUUCUGUAGAGAGUAACAGUGAUAUUCGAAUUCUCGAUUAGUAUAAAGGACGACAGUCGUCUAUUACUGAUGGUCUGAUGGACAGACGGUUCUUGGGUGAGGAUUUUGUUCUGAGUCUGGCAGGCAUUCAUGUUUUCUUAAAGAAAUGGGAUGAUAUGGGUUGGAGGAAUGUUUCCCAAGUAACUCUAGAUGUACCUAAGAAGAGCAUGAUGGCCUGCUUGAGUUUUUGGCUCUCUUUGAUUCAAAAGUAAUCGUUUAAACCUCAACUUUUCUUGGCAGUUCCUUCUCCCCUAUUAUUUUUUCUCAUAUUUUGUGAAAGGAAAAAUAACUUAUAUUUUUUCUAUCUACUUUAUGUUUGUCCAGCAAAGGGUUCACUGUUGUGAUACUCUAUGCUGUAGUUAUUAGCAUUCUCAGAUGUACGAAAUGAAAAGUAUUUUCAGCUAUUUUCCACGUGGUUAAGAGGAUUUCUUAAUGGAAAUUGAAUAAUUAUAUGGAUAAUGUAGACUAUCAAGUGACCCAAGGAAAAAAAUUUCAAGUUAUCUUUAGCAACCCUUUGAUCUGAGACCCUGGCUGCUGGAGAAAUUCACUUUUUGGGUCUAAUAUAUCUUCUCUUUCCGGUGUCUGCUAUGUUGGACGUGCCCCACUGAAGCUGGGAGUCCAUAAAUACAAAAGCAAUAAGAUUCAUCAUAGGCACGUGCUAAUCGUUAAUUCGAACGUAAAUCAUUUCAACCAAGGGGUAUUCCCUUUUUUGAACGGUUUUUGAAUUCCAUAUUUCUGAACCAUAUAAGAUUUCAAGGUCCAAAAGUGUAACUUAAGGUUUUAAUGUGUAGUUAGCCAGACAAUGAGUACUAAAAGCAACGAAUUCUUUUUUCCUUAUUGUAGCCCAUCUCUUCUAGUCUAAUCUUACUUACAUAAUCCUACUUAAAAGUUAUCUACUACUUCCUCUUCCUUUUUUUAAAGCGUGGUUGUAGAGUAUUCACAAGGGGUGGAACCUUUUUAACCCCUCGAUUCAGGUGGAAUCCUCUUGUGUAAUUUUCAACCUCUCGCUAAUAUCUCUAUGUAACUUAAUAUCAAUAUCAGUUCAGCCUUUGCAAUUCUGUUGACCUACAGCACGAAUUACUCUGGAAAAUUUUAUCUGAUUUGGCAAAAUGCUUAAUAAAUCUUUUACUUAUUAAAAUACACGUGGACAUCUUUCUGAAGUCUGUAAGCAGUUUAACAAUCGGCUGAGAUGACCAACACUAAUCUAUCAUAUUAAUAACGUUUAGUAGCAUUUCCCACAUUACGACCUUUUCCCCACAAUAUGAACUUUUCUUGCUUGCGAUAAGCACUUGUGCUUUUAUUAUUGUUUCUUAUGAGAUGAAAAUAUUUUGUAUCAUUAGUUUCAUGCGGUUUUUGGUGGGGAAUGCUUGUUGAUUGGUAACUAUUUGCUUUUCCCUUUUGAAUUAUUCUUUUUUUAUAGGUUUUAAUUGAAAGAUAUGACCUUCAAAUUGCCGUGUUUCUUUAUAUAACAUUUACAGCUACGAAGAAGCGAUUUGGUACACUAUCAAGGACUAGCUUUUCUAUUGGUAAGUUGAGAUGUAUGGUUCCCCAUAUAUCAGAAAUAGAAAGAUAUAACUUGGUCAUUAUACUUGGGAGUUUUUUGUGGAGAAAAAUUUGUUUUCACUCGUACAGAGUCUGUAUUGUAGUUAAAUCUUAAAUGAGAUACUUGAAACCAGCGUCACAGCAUAUAAGUUUUAGAAUUUUUUCUCACGUUGGGUUUGUUUAUUGAUGGUGUCAAGUAUUUAUUUACCAUUAAUUCACUCCAAGCCAGUAAACGAAACCCCCCCCCUUCAACACACACCCCCACACCCACAGACGCACAGACACACACGCCCAUCCUACAACUAGAAAAGGAAAAAAAACGACAACUAUUUGAAAAUAAGUUCACGUUGAGCUGUAGAUUAAGUUAUUUAGAUCGAUAUAUGAAGAAACGUACCUGUUCUGCUUGGUGAGGAGGCCUGGGAGUCGAACAUUAAACCAGUAGUGGAAUUGGAGUGAACAGUGGCCCAGCUAACGUUCCAAGAUCCAAGAUGUUGGCCAUAGUAAGACCAAGGAUACAAAUAUAUUAGUGUCUGGAACCAAGUAUAGGAAUAUAUUAAAAUUUAAAAUCUAUUCAACAUUUUUUUGAAUAAAAAAGGAGUUGAUUCAAAACUAGCACGAUUAUCUGGAAUGAACUUUCAUCUAAUAUUAAAGUAGACUUCACCUCAAGUGACGUCAUCCCUCAAUUAGAUUUUCAUGGCAUCAUUUUAUGACAGUUAACUAACAAUAUCUCUUCAUAAAAGAGAUAUAUUAACACUGACUCCAAUCAGUGGGAGGAUCCCAAUUCAGAAAAACUAACCAACAAAUCGACAAAAAAUAUUUCAAAAAUGUUAGUUGAACUCGAUCAAGAACAAAGGAUAAUAAGUUAGUUUUUAGAUUAAAACGUAUGGAAAGAAAUGAUACGACACAUUCUCAAGAAGGCUUUUAGAUUUAAGGCUCAUGAUAGUGGCAUUCAACUUCCUGUGUUGUUUCUUUUGGAGUACUUUGAUCUUUCCAUUCACUUACAACAAUUUAACAAACCAAUUGACCAGGCAGGUGCUGCGCUUUUCAUGGGCGGGUGGACAUUUGAUAAGUCCCUGAAUUCCUCUGUUCAGAGCAUUCUUGCAGCUCAUGGAACUCGCAUGCAGAGGGAGGUUACAAGGAUGUAAGUGAUGUUCGAGCACAGUUUAGUCCAAUAUUCAUGAAUAAUAUCCUAUUUAAAAGUUGUUGCUUCAGAUCUUUCUGUAUGCAUCAUUUAUGUUUACCAGAUUCCAUAAGGAGGAAUAAACUUAAUUGCAGCGUCAUGUCCAAGAAUUUACAAAACCCUGGGUCCCCCAUCAGCAAAAUUUUCUACCCAGAGCAUGUUUACGAUGAUUCAAGCCGAGAAAAGCCCUUGGUAAGGUGGCGGGCGAGGAACUUCUAUCAAGAUGGUCUCGUUGCUGAUUCUCUUGAAGAUGAUACCUCUCCCAAUAAACUGCCCUCUGGUUCAGAACCCACAGGACCAUCUGUGAGUACACAUCCUUUUAUAUUAUCGUAUAACAAAAAGAUGAGAUGGUAACAAUGGUUGUAGAAAUUUAUAAAAUAUGGGAAGCUUUUACUCUUGCGCGGCUCUUCUUCUGUGACCCUAUUAGAAACCCGCUGGUCUGUGUUGGAAUCCUAGCAAUAAUCCACAUUGUUUGAAAUUCCCAGAGGAGCGUGGUUAAUCGCUCUGAUUAAAAACGCUCUGUUCAAAGUCGGAUCUUAGCAAUAAUCUACGUUGCUUGAGACACCCACAGGAACCCAAGUGGUGAUCUGAUUGAAAAAUCUCUAGUGGAAGCUGCUAUCAUUUUGAGCUCUUAUUAAUCAUCCUCAUCUUGUUUGAAAUUUCCAGAGGAACACCAGCGUCGAUACUACUGUUUCUGGCCUUGGGGAUCUCAUAGCUGAUCCGCUGGAUUACAUCCUUGGGUACCCUGAGGACGAGGCUCUCCAGUCAAAUGCCCCUGUCAUCAGCAGAAGACAAACCCAGGCCCAGAAGAGGCGGCAGCGGCGACACCCCAUCCGGCACGAUCGUAAUUCCCCUUUCAUGGCGAGCCCUAAGACAAAGACUCUCUCUCUGUGA